AUGCGCAUAUUGGAUCAAGUUGAAACGCUGUCUAUGGAAACGCUUUCCACGUUUGACCCUUUAUUUCGUGAAAUGGUUCUUUUUGGAUAUUGCAAUUUCGCUUCAGCCUUGGAGGCAGAGAACGCAAGCGAUGAGACCAUUAAAAGUCGCCUCCAGAAAUUUAAAUCGGCGAUUGGUCGCUUCCAUCCCUCCUGUUCUGACAUUGAUGACGAGGAGCACGAUGGAAAUGAUGUGAUUGGAAAAGCAUGCACGCCAACUUCUCCAAUGCUAUUUCCUCAACACUCGAAUUUUGAAAUUUUACAGGUCUUCAUAAGUUGUCAAUUUUCGGUCCUUCAAGAUUCAGAAUCACACUGGACUCUCCGCUCCAACACUUUGGCCGCGUCCGCUUUAGCGGAACCGAUUUGUGCGGAUGCAUCUUGCGCUGCCUUGGUUCUUUCCUGCUCGUCAACAGCAAAUGUGCCCAUUCCAAGCAUGCACAAUGGGGCUUGCUUUGCAUCCUCUCUGUAUCAUGGAACGGUGAUCAAUGUUCUGUGUCUCGGAUCAGCGACGGGCUGCACACCUGCAGAGACAAGUUUGGCGAUUUUUUCCAAGUUACAUGUUUAG